UUCCGGGACAGAACUUCGAGAAAUGGAAGCAAACAUCCGACGUAACUCUGAGUGUUCGGCCCGCUGGGGCUGGAAGAGGAUCCUGAACUCCCAUGUCUGUGUCGGGAAUGGGGACAAGGGAGCUUGUAACGGAGACUCUGGCGGGCCGCUGAUCUGUCGAAAAGACGGCUACCAUUUCCUGGCGGGCGUCACCUCAUGGGGCGUGAGCGGCUGCCAGACUACCGGCUACCCCAGCGUGUUCACACGAGUGGCUUCCUACAGAGACUGGAUCGAGGGGAUCUUGUCGACAUUUUCCGACAGCUUAGACCAGCAUUGAAAAAAAA